AUGACUUCAACAAUCGCUACCCAAAAUCGAUCAGCAGUGCUGCCUCAUGUCAAGGCUCACCCCAUGAUCAUUACCACCUCACCUAUCUCGAACCCUACAGGCAGCGACGUCCUUAUUCGGGUACGAGCUGUUGCAGUCAACCCUGCCGACUACGCCGUGCAGAAACUCGGCAUUGUUGUUAAGCACGAGUACUAUCCCUACGUCGGCGGUAUUGAUGUAUCAGGAGACAUCGUCUCUGUUGGUCCUUUAAACGCAAGGUUCAAGCCUGGGGACCGUGUGACAGCCCAUGCAUCAGCGUGGCAGACGGGGGAGGCCAAGUACGGUGCCUUUCAAGAAUACUCCAUUGUCGAUGAGCCUAUGGUGGCCAAGAUCCCGGAUUGUGUCGCGUACAAUGAAGCAGUUGUUCUUCCAUUGGGGCUCACAACAUCGUCGGCUAUGCUGUUCAGCCCUGAGUUGAUGGGGCUCGAUUUGCCCAAAGUUGGUACCCGGGCGAACUCGACAAAGAAACUUGUCUUGGUCUGGGGUGGUAGCUCAAGUGUUGGCUCGAAUGCUAUCCAGACUUUGAAGGCAGCUGGAUACAUUAUCGCGGCCACGGCCAGCGAGAGAAACCACGGCAUGUUGAGGGAGAUGAACGUUGACUAUGCUUUUGACUAUAAUAAAGAUGGUGUUGAGUACGAGAUCACGGAAGUGUUGAGUGGAGUGGGAGAGCUGGCAGGAGUCUACUGCGCUAUCUACUCAGAAUCUGCCAUCCAGGCCUGCGCACGUAUUGCAGACAAGCUGGGAGGCAAGAGAGUGGGAACAGUCAUGCCGCCAGGCCUGCCUAUUCCUGGAGAUUUGCCGGACGGCGUGGAAAUUCUCAUCAACGAUCGUAUUCAUUUUGGAUCUACAGAGACUGGGAAAGCACUGUGGACUGAGUGGUUAUCUGGCGCUCUGGAGGAUGGAAGUAUGAAGUGUAUGCCUCACCCCGAGGUUAUUGGAAAGGGACUCGAGAGAAUCCAAGAUGCUGUCGAUGCAAUUGGUAAAGGCGUGAGUGGAAAGAAAUUAGUCGUGGAGAUUUAA